AUGGCCGACAUGAAGGCCAUGAUGCGCGAAUCCGCGAAAGCGAAGCGCGAGAUGGAGGAGAUGCGAAGGAAAGCGGAAGCGGACCUCGACGAGAUUUUGGAUGAGGCGAUUGCCGAGUUCGAGGCAGAAGAAGAUCUGACCGAGAAACCGGAAGACGACGAGGGCGAGCGCAUGGAGACGCUGCUGGCGGCGAAGCGCGCGCGAGCGCAUCGAUUUGGCGAUGGAAGAGGAGAUGAAGGACGACGCGUACAAUCGCUUGGACUCGCUCGUGGAUAAUUUAAGGAAUCCUGCGUUUAAAGACACUCUGGAGAUGACCCUGCGAGCGUUGUCGGGCAAUGAAGAAGGUGCGAGAACGAUAGAACAGUUCGUCCGGGACCAGCGAGAUCGGGCGGAGCGGUUAAUCUCGGACGAGGCGCCCGAUGUGGAAUUGGAUCGCGGGUUAAGUCGGACCAUGGAGUUAUUAGCGACAUCUUCAUCGAAUAUGGAGGGGCUGGAACCGGCGCAGAUCGAGCAGAGCGGCGACGAGAUGAUGACGAACAUGAUCGCGGAGUUCGAGAAAUUGGGCCAGAAGGAGGACUUCGACCAGAUCGUCGAGAACAUGCUGCGCCAACUGUUAGCGAAAGAUCUCAUGUACGAGCCGAUGUCGAAGGUCUGCGACAAGUACCCGGAAUGGCUCGCGGAGAAGUACGAAACUUUAAGCCAGGACGAGUAUCAAAGAUAUGGCACGCAGUACCAGUACUUCCAGCGCAUCGUGGCCGUCUAUAAAUACGAGCCGGACAAUUUUCCUCGACUCGUGGAAUUGCUUCAAGAUUUACAGAAGUACGGGCAGGUGCCCUCGGAGAUCAUCAAGGAGCUCGCGCCGGCCCUCGAAUUCGGGCCCGACGGCAUGCCGGUCAUGAAUUUGGGGGACAACAUCUUCCCGAAGCCGGGCGCCGCGCCGGGGAUGCCUGGUUUGCCGACGCCCGACGCGUCCGCGGCGAACUGCUGCGUAAGCUAG